GCAGUUUCUCAAUGGAGCUGCGCGGAGCUCGGGUGGUCUCGAGGUCCUGCUGCCUUCCCGUCCUUAGCUGUGGCCUGCGAGGCUUCUGAGUAGCUGCACUGAAGCGACCGCAGUGGCCAGACCAGCAGCCGGCGACCCGUCACGCUCGGGUGGCUGCGGGGCGCCACCACCGAGGCCUCUAACGUUCUUCAUUUCCUCCCUACUGCCUCGGAAGACUCUCAGCUCCUAUCUGCUGUUUUCCGGGAGAGGAGUGGGAGUAAGCAAAGGAGAAGAGAAAAUACACAAGGAUUUCCGCUCAGAAGACGGCGACACUCGGGAGCCUUUGGGCGAGAAACGGCGGCGCGGGACCAGCAUGCGAGGGCCGUCCGGGGGCUGCUGAGCUAGCGUCGGGGUUCCUGGCGGGUUGUGUCCACCACGGUUGCGGGAUGGAGCCGGCGACCGCACCCCAGGCCGACAUGGCGCCGGAGCUGACCCCGGAGGAGGAGCAGGCCACCAAGCAGUUUCUUGAAGAGAUUAACAAGUGGACAGCUCAGUACAACGUUUCCCCUCUCUCUUGGAAUGUGGCUGUGAAGUUCCUCAUGGCCCGGAAGUUUGACGUGCUCCGUUCCAUAGAGUUGUUCCACACCUACAGGGAAACACGAAGGAAAGAAGGCAUUGUGAAGCUGAAACCUCAUGAAGAACCUCUUCGUUCUGAGAUCCUUAGUGGAAAAUUCACCAUCUUAAAUGUUCGGGACCCAACAGGAGCCUCCAUCGCCCUCUUCACUGCCAGACUGCAUCAUCCUCACAAGUCGGUCCAGCAUGUGGUACUUCAGGCUCUGUUUUACCUGCUAGACAGAGCUGUGGAUAGCUUUGAAACUCAGAGGAAUGGACUGGUGUUUAUCUAUGACAUGUGCGGUUCUAAUUAUGCCAACUUUGAGCUGGAUCUUGGCAAGAAAGUCCUAAACUUGCUAAAGGGAGCAUUUCCAGCUCGUUUGAAGAAAGUGCUGAUUGUGGGAGCCCCCAUAUGGUUCCGAGUGCCCUAUUCCAUUAUCAGCCUCCUCCUGAAGGACAAAGUCCGUGAGAGGAUCCAGAUAUUGAAGACCUCUGAGGUCGCCCAGCACCUGCCCAGAGAGUGCCUUCCAGAAAACCUGGGUGGGUUCGUCAAAAUGGAUCUCACCACGUGGAAUUUCCAGUUCCUACCGCAGAUGAAUGGCCACCCAGAUCCCUUCGAUGAGAUCAUCCUGCUCUCCCUCCCUCCUGCUUUAGACUGGGACUCGGUACAUGUUCCAGGUCCCCAUGCCAUGACCAUUCAAGAGCUGAUGAAUUAUGUUAGCACCAGGCAGAAGCAGGGGAUAUAUGAGGAGUAUGAAGACAUUCGUCGUGAGAACCCUGUUGGCACUUUCCAUUGUUCCAUGUCUCCUGGAAACCUAGAGAAGAACCGCUAUGGGGAUGUACCCUGCCUGGACCAAACAAGAGUGAAGCUGAUAAAACGAAGUGGCCACACUCAGACAGACUACAUCAACGCCAGUUUCAUGGACGGCUACAAGCAGAAGAAUGCUUAUAUUGGUACACAAGGACCUCUGGAGAAUACCUAUCGUGAUUUCUGGCUCAUGGUAUGGGAGCAAAAAGUCUUGGUGAUUGUGAUGACCACUCGCUUUGAGGAAGGCGGCAGGAGGAAGUGUGGUCAAUACUGGCCUUUAGAAAAAGACUCUCGGAUCCGAUUUGGCUUCCUCACAGUGACCAAUCUAGGUGUGGAGAACAUGAGCCAUUAUAAGAAAACAACGCUAGAAAUUCAUAACACAGAGGAGCGGCAGAAACGCCAGGUGACUCACUUUCAGUUCCUGAGCUGGCCAGAUUAUGGUGUCCCCUCCUCAGCAGCUUCCCUCAUUGACUUCUUAAGAGCAGUCAGGAGCCAGCAGAGGCUGGCCGUCAACAGCAUGGGAGCAGACUCCAAAGGGCAGUGCCCUGAGCCACCCAUUGUGGUCCACUGUAGUGCAGGCAUUGGCAGGACAGGUACCUUCUGCUCACUGGACAUCUGCCUGGCACAGCUGGAGGAGCUUGGUACCCUUAAUGUGUUCCAGACAGUAUCCCGCAUGAGGACCCAGAGGGCCUUCAGCAUCCAGACCCCUGAGCAGUACUACUUUUGCUACAAGGCAAUCCUGGAGUUCGCAGAAAGGGAGGGCCUGGUGCCGUCCAGCCACAACCUCCUGGCCAUGGAGCGUCAGUAACUGUCCCAUGAGCCUCCUACCUGCAGGCCAGCCUUCUUCCUUAAACUAUCCUGGACACCACUGAGCCUGUAGGUUGCCAUCAGUUACACUGAAGCCAUGGACCAACCUCUUUCUUAAUGUCUCCCGGUGCACGCAAAGCAGCCUUUCCCUUUGGCAAGAUAGAUGUUGUGAAACUGUUAUUAGAAAGGGCCAGCAACAGUGUGUUCUUAAGUCCUAGCAACUGCCAUUGAACUGUGCCUUAUUAUAACCAAAUUGUGGCUAUUGAUUUUUGCCAGGGGCUCCAAGCAAGGUAAGUGGGAAAGGAAACUCCCUACCUUCUUUCCCAAUGCCCUCUCCUUCUGGAGGUCUCUUUCCCAUCCCUUCCCUUUGCUAGGAUUUGAUGGGGAGGUUUGGUGAGCAUCCACCUUCCUUCCUAGAAAGCUUGACCAAGUUAUAUAUUCUAAAGAACAUCCCGAGUGCCAAGCACGUUUAUUCCUAGUGUGUAUCCAGUCUUUUCUGUUAUUCUGUGUGUGCGUGUGUGUGCACUUAUGUGUAUGGGUCCAUAUGUAUGUGUGUAUAUAAUAUAUUAUUGUAUGUGAUAAUAUGGUCAUAUUCUAUAAAUACAUAUACGCAGAGUUACUCCUUUGUAGAAGUUCCUGGGGCUCCUUGUUGCACUUCAGGUGUUGUGGCUUCUUGUAGCCUACUGUUUAUCCUGGACUAGCUGGGUUUGGGGAUUAUGUCUCCAGUUGUCAAAUGACAGAAUGGUGGAAGAGGACACAGGCAUAUCUACUUUCUAUGUUCCUGCUACAGGCUUUCAUGCUUACAUCAUGACUCUCUCUCUCCAGGAUGCUGUCUGUUGGAGCCAAGAAUACUGGUUUGUGGUGACGCUGGUUUAAUUCAGCGUGGACUGCCCUUACCUAAUGAUUUUUCUCCGUUUACUUUGCUGAUUUUGGUAAUAGACCUCCACUGUGAUUUCAGACCCCCUCUUUCCUCUUCCUGUCUCUUUCCUCUUCCUAUCCCUUGGGGAUUGGAGCCUUGGAGUAGAGAUGAACUCACUGAGCAGCCAGAGGCAAGAGCAAUUGGUACAAUGAAUGCCUUAAAAGGAAAGGAAGAGCCCCAAGUAUGAGAAAAGAAACUACUAUGAGAAUCCUUCCCUGGGAGAAUUAGCUUGGGACCCCUUUUUCUUUUCUCCAAAAGGUUCCUUUCCUUAUGCAGCUUGGCCCUAUCUACUCAGAAGCCCAUCUUUUUCUGCCUAGUAACCUGACAGACCCUGGAGCUCAAGUUGGAGGGAUUCUGUGUCAAUAAAAAGUUUUAACUCCUGGCUGGGUGAGGCAGUGCCCUGCAGUUUCUAUAUCCCCACUCCCCUUCCAUGUAACCUGUUCCUAUCUGCUCCCAGCCUGAUGUGCCAGGUAUGGAAUUGAGUCCCCAGUGCUCUACAUUCCCAAGAAAAUUCCAGGAACCCCUAAACCUUCCCCUAUCACAGAUGAGGUUGGCAACUGAUCAGACCUCAAUAAUUUUAUACUGUAAUAAGCUCUUGAAUGUAUAUGUUCUUAUUUUUACAAUCUUUUCAUUUUGUAUUUAAUGUCAAUCAACUGAGUCAGAUUCAGAAAAUAAUUGUAAAUGUUCAUAUUCAAUAUCUUACACCAAUAGUUUUGUAUUUACAUAUAAAUAUACUGACGUGAUCAAACCCUU